AUGGCUUCUAAGAUUCAAAACGUAACGGAGUUCUCAUACGUCACCCUCAACGAGGGUGUCAAUGUCUUUGAUGAAUCAGCUGCGGCAAAGACUUAUCAAAAUGUGCUUGAGACUGCGUUGAAACAACCUGGUGCUCGACGAGUUUAUACUGGUGUUGAGGUUGAGAAUCCUUCUACACUAUGGCUGUUCCUUGACUGGGAGACUUUGGAGGAUCAUGAGAAUUAUCCCAAGACCGCUGAUCACGGCCCUAUCAUUGAAUCUCUCAAACCCAUCGUGGACUUUUCAAAGUCUAUCAACAAACACGUCACCCUAACUCCCUUCCCCCCAGAAGACGUCCUCAGCAAAGACUGCUCCCCCGUGACAGAAGUCCUGCUAGCAUUCUUCCCUCCGGACUACGACGUCGCAUCCCGCGCCACAGCCACCCGCCGUCUCGAGGAGUUUACCGGCGUAGCACUCAAGACAUCCCGCGACUGGCGCGGCAUCAGCUACGGAUGGAGUGUUGAGAACGACGUGCCUAUCCGAGGAGAAGAGGGUAAGACGGGGAGUAUGCUUGCGGCGUUUAUUGGAUGGCUGAGUGUUGAGGCGCAUCAGAAGUUUAGGGAGACGGAUGAUUUUAAGCAGAAUAUUGGCCUGUUGAGGGAGAUCCCGGGGUUGGUGAAAUUAGCUGCUUUUCACGUUAGUUGCGUGAGUAAGGAGGCGGAGGGGUUGAGUGAGAGGGAUGCUGAGAAGGCUCAUGAGCAUAGUCAUGAUCAUGGUGGCGGAUGCUGUUAG